AUUUGUACUUUUUCACCAAUCAUCACAUGAUAUCCUAUUGCUUUUUGACUGGCAGCUGACAAUAUGAGCGGCAACAAGAACCCGACCAACAAGAAGCUGGAGGAGCUGGUGGAGAAGGCUGGGGUGGACAAGCACGUACUGGAGGACCCAGACCGCAUUGUGUGUGACGAUGUGUGGACAGAGGAACGCGAGCGGCUGGCGCGUGAGCAUCUGAGCCAAGACAAGUCCACGAUCCCCGAGUUCUGGCAGAAUAAAUACGAAAAGGAGGCGGCGAAGAGCUGGGAUAAGUUCUACAAGCGCAACUCCACCAACUUCUACAAGGACAGACAUUAUCUCCACUUGGUAUUCCAAGACCUUGGUGUGGUACCUCAGGCAGGAAAAACGAGGACGUUGCUGGAGGUUGGCUGCGGGGUGGGUAAUGCGGCGUUGCCUCUGUUGGAGAUUAAUCCAGCUCUCAACAUCGUGGCCAUUGACUUUGCAGACUCGGCCAUUAACCUGCUGAAGACUCAACCUUUGUACGACGAGGCUCGCGUGGUGGCCUCGGUGUGCGACAUCACGAAGGAUUCGCUUCCUGACGCUGCAUUCGCAAACGGUGGCGUGGAUUUCGUGCUCUUGCUGUUCUGCCUGUCGGCGCUGCACCCGGACAAGAUGAAGGCUGCAGUGAAGAAGGUGGUGGCUGCGAUCAAACCGGGAGGCAAGCUCUUCUUCCGUGACUACGGUCGAUACGACCAGGCGCAGCUUCGCUUCCGCCCUGGCUGCAAGUUGCAGGAUAACUUCUACGUCCGUCAAGACAAUACUCGGGCUUAUUACUUCACGACGGAGGAAGUUGACAAGAUUUUCACUGAAGCAGGCCUCGUGCCAGUGGAGAACGAGUAUAUCCGUCGACAGUACGCCAACAGACAGCAGAACGUCGUUAGGUUCCGUGUAUGGGUACACGCGAUCUUCGAAAAGCCCGUCACUGCCACAGACGCAACGCAAGCUUAAGCUGCAUGGUUGUCUGUGUUGACCAACGAAUAUAUUCUAGACGCACGAUUUUGGUGAGUACGGUACUAGGUUUUAUUUGGUCGUUUAGGCCGCUAGGUGAUGUAGCAAGUCUACGAAAACGCGGUUGUCAAUCUCAGUCACAAGAGUCACGUUCGCUUCCUCUGGGGGAGCGUCAUAAUCCCAGAUGCAAGCGCCACGCCUCUCAUCAGGAGCCAAGUGAAUGCGGCCUUUCAAUACAGGAGCAGUCUUGAUGUACUCCGGAUGCAGGAGGAUAGCGAUAGCGUAGGCGUCGCACGGGAAAAAUCCUUGGUUUUUGCAGAAUUCCCUCGUGAACUUCCAGAUCCUCUUAACGUAUUCGCCAUUGGAGU